GUUCUCUUCUUCUUUCCCGCCUAUUUGAAAAACCCUAAUCCGAUCCCGAUGCUUUCUAAGGCUCAAGUUUUACUCCAGAAUAAUCUUAAAUUACUUCCUUCAUCUCUUCUGAUUUCGCCCAAGUCCUUCCGCAGCAAUCGGAGCGUUCGGUUCUCAGAUAAUCAUUGGGCCUCAACCCUCGAAGUUACAGCUCCGCGUUGGAGAACAUCUGCCUCUUCGAUUAUGAACCCUGACCAGAACAAUCUCCACAAUGGGAUCGAAACCGUUCGGUUAGGUUUCGAAGACCAACUCCACCGGUUUGUCGAUGUCGCCAAUAAGCUUGCAGAUGCCUCCGGAGCAGUUAUUCGCACUUACUUCCGCAAAAGCUUCGAUAUUCUCGACAAGGACGACUUGAGUCCUGUAACGAUCGCUGAUAGAGAGGCCGAGGAGUCUAUGGUUUCAAUAAUACAAGAGAAUUUUCCAUCUCAUGCAAUUUUUGGAGAGGAGAAUGGUUGGAGGUGUAAAGAGAAAUCUGCUGACUACGUUUGGGUAUUAGAUCCUAUAGAUGGGACGAAGAGUUUCAUUACAGGAAAGCCAUUGUUUGGAACUCUUAUUGCUCUUCUAUACAAGGGAAAACCGAUUCUUGGCAUAAUUGAUCAGCCUGUUCUAAAAGAGAGAUGGAUUGGGGUGAGUGGGAGUAGAACUACGUUAAACGGAGAAGAAGUCUCUACACGCUCCUGUGCAAAACUUUCCCAGGCAUAUUUGUACACUACAAGCCCACAUCUCUUCAGCGGAGGUGCUGAAGAGGCAUUUGCUCGUGUUAGAAGUAAGGUGAAAGUACCACUAUAUGGUUGUGACUGUUAUGCCUAUGCUCUUUUGGCUUCUGGUUUUGUGGAUCUUGUUAUUGAGUCUGGUCUUAAGCCAUAUGAUUUUCUGUCACUGAUACCGGUUAUAGAAGGUGCUGGAGGAGUGAUAACUGAUUGGAGUGGACAUCAACUUUUCUGGGAGGCCUCUUCAGUUUCCCAAGCAACAAGUUUCAAUGUGGUGGCAGCUGGAGAUAAACACCUUCACCAACUGGCUCUAGAUUCACUAGAAUGGCAGUAAAGAUGCAUUUUGAAUUGUUACGGAGACAAGAAAGCCUGUUCUAUUAGUCAAUUGGCUGCUCUGAGAGGAACACCAAAACCAAUCUGACCUUUUGAUGUCAAGGUGUAAGGUCAAGUAAUGGAGUUCUUAUCUCUUCUGCAGACUUGAUGCGGAAAAAAGAAGAGAGCCUAAUGCAGUUGGUAA